CACAAAACCCCGCCGCCGACAUAGCCGCAUUCACCAUUCUGCGCCUGCAUCGUGCGCCUCGGUCCUCGAUCGUGUCCCAGCCUGCUCCUAGGCGACAACGCGCGGUCGACGCCGCCCCGUUGCAAUCAUGAGCUACGAUUCAGAGCUUCACUCGCCAAAUGAAAUGGCCAUCGAUUCGCAGCCAGACGACUUCCUUGCUCCGUCCGACGCCGCUCAGGUGGUCAACAUCGAAGCCGAUAACCUCGACAGCGAUGCCACAUUGGCGGUGGAAAAUGUGACACUUGCGAACGAUUAUGAGGCCAUGAAGGAGCUUGUUCUCCCUCCACUAGCCGAAGAACCGCCGAUCAAAGAGACAGUCGUACACACGUGGAAAGUCGAGAAUUGGAGGCAAUUGAAUAAGAAAGAACAUGGGCCCAUCUUUGAGGCCGGUGGUUUCCCUUGGCGGAUUCUCCUCUUUCCGUUCGGCAACAGUGUGGACCAAGCUUCUGUCUAUCUCGAGCAUGGUUUCCCUGAUGUCUCCCAGAUCCCGAAUGAUUGGAGUUGCUGCGUCCAGUUCACACUUGUGAUGUGGAACGUCAACGAUCCUUCUCUCUACUCACACCAGCACACCGCACACCACCGCUUCACCAGGGAUGAAGCCGACUGGGGCUUUACCAGGUAUCUCGAGCUGCGGCGGAUGUUCCAAACACCGUGGGAAGGCUCCGGGCGGCCCUUGGUCGAAAACGACUCCGUGAACAUCACUGCGUACGUCCGGGUUGUCGAAGAUGAAACCGGUGUCCUGUGGCAUAACAUGACGAACUACGAUUCGAAGAAGGAGACGGGCUACGUCGGUCUCAAGAACCAGGGCGCUACGUGCUACCUCAACUCCUUGCUUCAGUCAUUAUACUUCACAAAUGCUUUCAGAAAGGCUGUGUAUCAAAUCCCAACGGCCGAUGAUGAAAGCAGUUCAAACAGUGCCUACGCCUUGCAGAGGUUGUUUUACCAGCUGCAGAUAUCAGACUCUGCGGUCGGCACCAACGAGCUCACAAAGUCUUUUGGGUGGGAUGCCCGUCAUGUCUUUGAGCAACAGGACGUACAAGAGCUCUCGAGAAAGCUGAUCGAGCGGAUGGAGGAGAGGAUGAAAGGCACGGCUGCCGAAGAUACUCUGCCCAAAAUGCUGAGCGGCAAGAACAAGACUUAUAUCUCGUGCAUCAACGUUGACUACGAAUCCAGCCGCCUGGAGGAUUUCUGGGAUAUCCAGCUGAACGUCCGUGGCAUCCCCAACUUGCAGGAAAGUUUCCAAGACUACAUCCAGCAAGAGACACUGGAGGGCGACAACAAAUACUGGGCUGGCGAUGAGCACAAGUAUCAAGACGCCCGCAAGGGUGUCAUAUUCACCAGCUUCCCCGACGUCUUGCACCUUCACUUGAAGAGAUUCGAAUACGACAUUCAGCGCGACGCCAUGAUGAAGAUCAACGACCGUUUUGAGUUUCCCGAGACGCUUGAUGUGGAACCAUACCUGGAGAAGGGCGCCGACAAGUCAGAGCCUUGGGUGUACAAGCUCCAUGGCGUCCUCAUUCACAGUGGAGGUCUUGAUGCAGGCCACUAUUACGCGUUUUUGAAGCCGAACAAAGAUGGCUGGUUCCACAGGUUCGACGACGACAAGGUCACCAAAGCAACCAUGAGAGAAGUGUUUGAGGAGGCAUUCGGCGGAGAAUAUCCGCAAUCGCCACAGGCACGCGCUGGCGCACAAAAGAAGGGUCCCUUUAUGCGCACAAUGAAUGCCUACAUGUUAGUGUACAUUCGUGAAUCUCGGCUCGACAAUAUUCUUACACCUGUCGAAAAGGACGAUUGUCCUCACCACCUGCAGACGAAACUGGAGCAAGAGGCCUUGCAGCGUGAGAUCAAGAAGCGGGAACGUGAUGAACAGCAUCUUUACUUGCCAGUGAAGGUCAUCACCGAAGAGACUUUCAAGCAGCACCCCGGUACCGAUCUGACAAACUUCGACGCCAGUCCUACGGAAGACUCCGCUGCGCCAAGACUGUACCGUAUGAAGAGGCAGGCCACAGUUGCAGAGCUCGUGGAGACCAUUGCGCAGGAUAUCGGCCAAGAUCCCAAGCGGAUUCGGCUGUGGCUCAUGGUGAACCGCCAAAACAAAACCACGAGACCGGACCAGCCGAUCAUGGACACGAGGCCGACUAUUGAAGAAACCUACGCGCGGUCAGCAAACUCUAGCAGAGAUUAUUCGUUGCGAGUAUGGACAGAGGUCGCGGAGGAAGUCGACGCCCAGGGCAAUGCCGUCUGGCCAACGUACCAAAGCAAUGCGAAUGGGGUCGUCGUGAAAAAUGACCUGAUACUUCUGUUCCUGAAGUACUUUGAUCAGGAGGCGCAAACCUUGCGUGGUGUUGGUCACGUCUACGCGAGCCGCGAGAAGAAGGUUGAAGAACUGACCCCGGUCAUCGCGAAGAAGAUGGGCUGGGGUGACAAGGUUCCUUCUGGCGAGCAGCUGCAUCUCUGGGAGGAGAUCAAGCCAACCAUGAUUGAAGGCCUCAAGCCCAAGCAAUCUCUAAAGGCUGCUGAGCUCCAGGACGGCGACAUCAUAUGUUUCCAGAAGGCACCGGAGAAGAAGCCUUCAGGGGAGAGCGUGGCAAAGAAGUCUCGGCUAGGCGACAAGACCACUGAAGAUGCGCCGCGGAGGUGGGACCGCUUCGACGACGCGCGGGACUUCUACGACUUUCUUUGCUACAAGCGAGAUGUCCAGUUUCUGCCUCACCCGCGGUGUGAGAACACCGAGCUCACCAGCUUUGUGCUCACCCUUAGUGUCAAGACGACCUACGAUCAGAUAACGGAACGCAUUGCCGAACAGGUGGGAGUAGAGCCAACGCAUCUUCGUCUCUUCACCGUGAAUGCUGCCACUGGCGCUCCCAAAACACCUAUCCGGCGUGGUCCCAGCUCGAAUCUUGGGAUGAUGCUGAGCACAAACAGCUACGCCCAUCAGAACAUGCAGACUCGAGCCGACUCGCUAUUCUUCGAGGUCCUGGACAUGAGCCUGGCUGAGUUGGACACCAAGAAGAAUGUCAAGGUGACCUGGCUGAGCGAGGGCAUCACCAAGGAGGAGACCUUUGACGUCCUUGUCAACAAGCAGGGCCAUAUCGAAGAUCUCGUCCAGGCAUUCACCAAGAAGGCGCAGAUCCAAGAUGAGGAGGAAGGUGGCCAGAUUCGAGUCUAUGAGAUUCAUCACCACAAAUUCUUCCGGGAGCUGACACCGACAUAUCCGGUCAUCAGUCUUAAUGAGUACACCGACGUGAUUGCGGAACGCAUCCCUGAAGACGAGCUCGAGGCAGAGGAGAGGCAUUUCAUCAAGGUGCAACAUUUCGACAAAGAGCAGACCCGGACACAUGGGAUGCCUUUCAAAUUCCUCCUACAUCCAGGCGAACCCUUUUCAGAAACGAAGAAACGACUUGAGAAGCGGACGGGCAUCAAGGGCAAGGCCUUUGAGAAGAUCAAGUUUGCGGUUCUCCGCAGAUACAAUAAGCCCGCGUACCUGUCCGACGAGGACGUACUGCUUGAGGAGUCUGGGAACAUUGAGGAAGAUGCCGUGCUUGGCCUGGACCACACGGACCGUACAAGAUCAGCACGCAAUGGCACAGAGAUGUUCCUGAAGUAAGUAUACGAGCAGGCGAGGUAGUGCGAAUACACAAGACUCGACGGGAAGCAUUGUUCGAUAAGAUCGUGAGGCUGAAAGAUUCGUGGCACGGACAUGGCCUUGGCUGGCAUAUGAUGUACGUAGCCGGUCCACGCUGCCGUAUAUAGUUGGCUCUGGCGCUGUCACGGUAUGAUCAUUGAGCAUAGUUACCAUGCAUUGAUAGAGCAUGCCAAGAACAACGAGGCUUUGUACCACUGAA